AUGGCACCGGUCCUAUACCAAUGCACGGUUUGUUUAAAUCAUUAUAAAAUAAAACCGGACGGUAAACUAUAUCGACAUGGAGGCAAAGUGAAGGGCCAGGAAUGCCCUGGUUCGUUCAAGGCAGCCGACCAGCCUCCGGCUGGUUCAUCGGCUUCCGCGCGACCGCCGCUUACCGCUGCACCUGUCAUCAACCCUCAUGUUGCUACACGCGGUUCUUCGGCGUCGGUCUCGGAGAGUCCCUCCCAAGUGGAUUUUUUUCAUGUUUUUGACAGGCUGACGGUCGUUUUGAGGACUGCCCAUCUGUAUGAUCACGUUCCCAAACCGUGCAGAGACAAGGUAUCUAAAGCAUUGUCGGCUUUAUUGACGGCCGUUUGCGAUGAUCCCUGCGACGCGGCCGAUUGGUGCAGGCUCCAAUGUUUUUUCGCAUUUGUUUUGUUCAAGCCAACCAGGGGCGGUCGCAGGACUAAUCAAGCCAAUUACGUUAUUAAACGGUUGGCCGAAUUCAGUUCGACCGAGGUCGAGUUUAUUGUGGCAAGCUUCAACACUGACCACAACACCAAACCGCGUAAGCACAAUCCAAACAGUUGGAUUAGUGCAGUAACCACUCGGAUUGAACAGGGCAGUCUCUCGGCGGCCGUCAGACUUGCUUGUUCGCCCGCAGGCCUGGCGGAGAGCUCGCCUGAGACACUCGCUAAACUCAAAGCUAUUCAUCCCAGUGCUCCAUUGAACAGGCGAACUUUCCCCGCGCAGGAGCCGUCCAAUGGUCGCGUUUCACCAGCCCAGGUGUUGACGGCUUUAAAGUCGUUUAAUAAUGGUUCAUCGGGAGGCCUUGAUGGCUUGAGGCCUCAGCACAUAAAGGAUUUACUUUCCGGUCCGACGCCCACCGAUGAAUUGUUAAAUAACCUCACCCGAUUUGCCCUCGAACGUGUCUCUCUUCUCCCGGUCCACGACGCGCUGACAAUCAUCCGCGGCGCUCUCAGUUUGCCGAAAUUGAUGUAUUUUUUGCGCACAUCCAACUUUGUUAAUGCGGCCAUUUUGGGCGAAUUUGAGGGUGCUCUGCGGGUGGCCCUCUCAGCAAUAUGUAACGAACCGUCGGGCAUUGCGGCGCACGACGGUAAGCGCCCUGACGGGUGUACCUUGAUCCCUUGGAGAGCCGGCAGGUGCUUGGCGUGGGACGUUACCGUUUCGGGCACCUUUGCUGAGCGCUACGUGCAGCUUACUAGCAAAGAAAGCGGUUUGGCUGCAACCAGGGCAUCUGACGAGAAGAUCAAAAAGUACGACGGAGCUCUCCCCUCGAUGGAGUUUUUACCGAUUUGUAUCGAGGUCCUCGGCCCCAUGGACCGUAACACCUCCGGGUUUUUCAAUCGGAUUUGUAAAAAUAUCAGUAUUAGGUCAGGCGAUAGUAGGGAAUAUUUUUUUGCUAUGAAUAAUAUCUCGUGCAUUCUGCAGCGGUUUUUGCGCGUCUGUGUGUUGGAAAAUGUGGAGUUGAAUGCCGACGGGGUUGAGUGA